CUAACCACUUCACCUGUGUGUUUCACAGACAUUUACAAAAAAACUGAUUCAGGGGCUGUGAGUCAAGUGACCAACACAUCACUGUCAGUAUUUGCUGACAGCAACUGUAAAGAGGCCACAGAGCAGCUGUCAGGCAGUGGUGAUAUGGAAAUUCCCCCGAACUUAUGCUGAAAUUGUUAAUGUGGUUAAAACACUAGGCAGGUGUGGUGGUGGUUGGACACUCGCCAUUUCUUCAAUAGUUCAAUUGUGGUUUGAAUUCCACCUAAUGCCUUUGAUCCCAACAGAGAGGGUCAGGUUAGAGUUAAACUACUGCUGUUAAAGAAAACGAAAGGUAGAAAACAACAAAACUUAUAACUGCUUUGGUCAAAGAACCAAAAAUAAAUGAAAGUAGAACUGAGUUGUGACAGACUUCUGCACAGCAUUCUUAGUCAUUUUGUUAGUUUAUUGUCAAAAAAGGCAUACAUUAAAAACAGAGUUGUAGCUAAACACUGGCCAACGCUGAAGCAACAACAGCAAAAGUUUUGUCACUGUAAUAGAGAAAAAUAAAAUUUGACAAAAAAACGUUACAUUUUAUUCAACUUUUUUGGGAUGUACAGGUAAUAAUAGUUGAAGGUUCUCCAAACAAUAACAAAACCACUUUUUUAUUUUUAAUGUUUUUCCCUGAAUAAAUGCUAUUUAAAACUUAAAAUAUGUCUUUAAAUAACAUGUAAACCUUGGCCCAAAAUAUCUUAAGGUUAGUUAUAAGUACAAGGCAAAAAUGCUGAAAUGUCCUGCAAAGAAGUCUAUACCAUGUUUUGCCCAAAAAUAACUUUAUUAAUGAAAAUAUAAACGUUAACUUGAUGUGGGUAAAUCACUGUUGUCCAAGAAGGAAAGUUGCUGGCCAAAAUAUUAGAAUACGUCCCAGGGCCAAACUGAAAACCAUUACUUUAUCUUUUAAAUAAUUCAAAAUCAAGACAAUCAGAAAAAAAUAAAUGUGUAGAAAAGUCAAGAGGGAACAGUUACUGGGCAGGAUUUCUCAGGGGCAGCUUCCUACUGUAGAAACAUACCCACACUCAUGGACUGCCAAACCUUAACACUAGUGCAACUAUGCCCCAAGUCAUGUCUCUGGUUCAUUAUUUCCAGUUCAUAUGCAACGCCUUACAAAAAAAAAAAAAAAACCACACACACACACGCACACAUUGAAGGACCGGUGGCCAUCAUCCUCUUACACUCUCAUUUCCUCUCCGACCUGUGAAGAUGUCUGAAGCUAUCUGUGUUGCAGGGUCUUUGUUUGGCUCUUCAGAGGAACAACAAGAGUGUGUGUCUUGUUACCUGAUAAGCAUGUGGUCAGUGGUGGCCAUCAUCGCCAUCGACAUUAUCUUGACGGUCCUUAUCGUUAUUUCUGUCUUCUUGUUCGCAACGUACCACAAGCGGAGGAGAGAGUGGGACUCCACUCAGGUGUGUGGAAGAAAUAUGUCGUUGGAUGCAAAGAAAAGAGACAUGACAGAGAUCACAGAAUCUCCCUAUCAGGAGUUACAUGGAGUCCAGUCAGACGUGUACAGUGAGCUCCACCACUUUAGAAAAGAAACAACAGAGCUAUAAUUUUUAAUUCUCUGUUUUUUACGCACACGGUUUUGUUUGUUUGUUUGGUUGGUUGUUUGUUUGUUUGUUUUGUUUUGCAAUUCCACUUUUCCAGGCUUUGACCAGUUGACUUAUCACUCUGCUAUUAGCAGUGCACUUGCCACGGUAUGGUACUCAUCUAACAAAAAAAUAUGUACAUACUGUAUAUGUAAACUAUAUUUGCAUUAUGUUAAGUUAAUUUUUGUGUUAUUAACUGUGUUUUGUUGAAUGUGAUAUUCAAAAUGUUUUUAUGUAAGGUAGGUUGGUAGAGUAUGUAUUAUUUAAUUAUGACUAAAGGAUAUUCAAAAGCACUUUUUUUUCCUUUUUUUAUUUAUAUUUAAGAGAAUUGUUGACACUGUUGAGAAUUCAUUGUCAAACACUCCUAUAAGGUCCAUUCAGGUUCCCCUCUUCAUCAUGCCUGUUCCUUUGUCAUUCAUUGUGACAACUUGCUCUCUGUGACCAGUUCCCUUAAAUACAGCCCAGUUGGUGUUUGGUUCCCUGGAAACUGGAAACAUAUUUCCUCUAUUUCUACACAUAAUCACACCAUAAGAAAUAAAUGUAAAAAUCUAAAUUUGGAUCAAAAAGUCCCACAGGUUUCUGCAUUUGGAAGUAAUGUGUCUGAGUCCGUUGAGUCAACAGAUGGUACAUUAGUCAUGAUGACAACAAUGUGGACUCUGGAAAAAAGAGAAAAGCAACAGAUAGUCAUGACAGUUGGUAAAUGUUGGUUUUAUUUAUCACAGAAUAGAAUGUAAAUUACAAUUCUAUUUUAAGUCAGAAGAAAUAUAUCUAAAAACAAUGAAAGAGGAAUGGAAUAAACUGGGAUGCGAAAUGCCAAUAUUGUCC